GACGCGAGGGCGGCCUGAGGCGCCAAGGGAGAGGCUGGGUUGAAAUGCGCGCGGGGAGGAGCGCCGGCAGCGAGCGCCGCGGCGGAGAAGGCGGGUCUGAGCGCGAGGUACGUUUAAAUGACACGGCAUCUUUAACAAAAAAUACAUAUUUCAAUUGUUUAUGCUAGAAUGGCAAAUAAGAGAAAAACUGCGAACAUGAGGGUGGAAAAGCAAAAGAAAAAAUUGAAGCAUCUUGUAUCAGAAAAGGAACAACAGGUGCAUGAACCUAAGCUGAAAAAACAAAAACUUGAGGGAAAGAAACAGGAGAAGGAAGAAGAGGAAAAAGAUCAAGAGCUUUCUCCAGAGGUAAAGAGGAUAUUGGAAAGAAAGCUGAAGAAAGAGUACAAGAAGGAACAGAAGAAAUUAAUGCGAGAAGCAGGGAUCAUAGCUAAGAAAGAAGAACCGAAGAAUCCAUCCGGGUCAGAGUUGGCACUAGACUACUUAACUAAAUGGUCUGAAAGUCCCAAAGAAUGGAAGUUUCAAAAGACAAGGCAAACAUGGCUUCUUUUACACAUGUAUGAGAAAGACAAGGUCCCUGAUAAAUAUUUUUCCAUUUUGCUGCGGUAUCUUGAAGGACUCCAAGGCAGCGCACGAGACAAAACUGUGCAGAAAGCAGAAGCUCUCAUGAAGGAAUAUGACAAUUCUGAAAGAGAAGAUUCAAGCCAUCUGGAGAAAUGUGAGAGAAUCCGAAAAGUUCUACAAUUGUUGUCAUGAAAACAUCUCAUCCUGUAAAGCCUUCCUAGAUCUAUAAAUCUGCAUAAUACUAUAGGAACAGAGUUCUUAGCCCUUAAACAGUCCUGUAAAAUUAAAACCCUUUUUCAAAAGUAAUAUUUUCCCCCAUAUUCAUUCUCUUGUUUUUAAAGCACAUUUCUUUCAUGAUUUCAAAGGUGGUAAAAAAUAAUUCGUCAGUGUUAACAAGAAAAUCAGCAACAGGACUUGGACUCCUACCUGUAUUUUACUGCCCUUCUUUUAGGAACUUUUUUAAAACUUUUUCCUAUAUAAUUAUUGUGAAGGGUUUUGCAGCUGUUCAUGGCAAUUUCCUCCCCAACCUCCCCAAGAAUGGUUUUAAAUCAAGGCUAUGAAAUAAUAAUCUUCUAAAAUCUUUCAUUGCUUUUGUCAUCUUCAGUCUGUUAACUGCUGGUUUCGUCACUCACGUAUUGUAAGUUGAAGAUCUGGAACCUGUUGGUUUAUUUUCUUUAUUUUCCUUAAAGGUUUUGUUUUAUUUUAAUUGGUUACAUAAUGCUCAUGUGAAAUAGCAAAAUCGUCGGUUCUUCCAUGUGUUAUGGUCAAUAAAAAGAUACGUUGCUGCCAUUUUGGCACAUCCCCAA